AUGCGCGCUUUAUCGCAAUGCGCGUUUCUUCUUCACACGUGGUGUAGGCCGCAUACGCUGCUGCGAUAUGAACCACAUUUCAGAACAAGAGCGGCUACACUCCUCAUUUUCGAAUCACCUACUCAUGUCCUCUUUCUGGCCUCAUUUCUUCUCCACUUGAUUCCAACUCCUCAUUCCCCCCGUUCUCUCCAUUCUCUCGCCCGUCCCUCUCCUUGCCUCCCGUUCCCUGCUUCCUCUCCCAUCCCCUCCCCUCCUUGUUCUCGUUCCUUUUCCCCCUUCGCCAACCGCCCUCUCCCAUUUGUUUUCAGAAUACCCUUGCCCCGCGCGCGCCUACUCUCCUCCGCUCACUCGCUAGCCGCCGCGUCCCCUUUCCGCGCCGACUGCUGCGCCACUCCGCCAAGCGCAACGCGCGCUCUCCCCUACAGGCGGAGGGCGUGGCGCGUAGCGGCUGCAGGGGGCGAGGGCGAGGCGGAUGCAGGGGCGUCGGUGACCACUGCGGGGGAUAGCGCAGUGAGGACGGAAUCCUUUCCCCACACCCUUCCCCCCUCGCACCCUUCCACCCCGCUCACUCACCCUCCUCUUUUCCCCACAAACUUCACCCUCUCUCACGCUUCCCCUCUCGCACCCAUUCCCGCACCCCCCCCCUCCUCUCUCCAGUCCCCGCCACGCGUUCAGGUUGCGCCAGCAGUGGCAGUGCGCAACCUGGUGGCGCAGGCGCAGUACGCACAGCUCUGCUCCAUCGUGUCCCGCUCGCACCACCGCCACAAGGGGUACCCCUCUGGAUCGCUGGUCGACUUAACGACCGCUGCUGAUGGCCACCCCGUGUUCCUGCUGUCCCCCCUGGGAAUGCACUCGCGCAACCUCCAAUCCGACCUGCGCUGCACCGUACUCGUGCAGAUCCCUCCUCCUGCCAUUCCCCUCAUCACCCCCACCUCACCUGCCCACCCCCCAACCCCUCCGUUCCCCCCAGACCCUGUCUUCCUGCUGUCCCCUCUCGGCAUGCACUCGCGCAACCUCCAAUCGGACCCGCGCUGCACCGUGGUGGUGCAGAUCCCGGGGUGGAGUGGCCUUGCCAAUGCGCGCGCCACCAUAUUCGGGAAUUCGUGCACGCUGUACCCCCACGCGCAGGAGUGGGCGCGGGCCGUUUAUGUGAAGAGGCACCAGCACGCGGCACAUGAGUGCUCCUUCGCACUAUGCAUCCACUACUGCUCUUCACCUCCCUCCAUUUCCCCCCUUCUUUCCCCCGCCUCCACAUCUUACCGUUGCCAGCUGUGGGCGUGGGGCUUCUAUGUGAAGCGGCACCAGCACGGGGCGGCGCAGCAGUGCUUCCAUUUCUAUCGCAUAAAUACCAUCUGGUACCAGGUAGGCACAUGGGGUGCAACGAGGUGCGAUAGCCCUCCUGUGCGGUGCAUGCAGCAACAGGCCCCUGAACAUUUUGUGUGUAUGCAGCAGCAGCAGCAGCAGCAGCAGCAGCAGCAGCAGCAGCAGCUGCACCGUGGUGGUGCAGAUUCCGGGGUGGAGCGGCCUUGCCAACACAUGCGCCACCAUCUUUGCAGUUCUCUACCCCCUGCCGCCGCCCAGCCAGCAGUGCCCCUCACUUCACCUCCCACAGCCCAUCAUCCCCCCCCCCUCUACAACCCACCCCCAUCAGGAGUGGCGCGGUGCUUCUAUCUAUGUGAAGCGGCACCAGGACGGGGCAGCGCAGCAGCACACAUCUGCUCUCCUGGCUGCACUCCGUGCAUUGCUGUGCAACACACACUACAGAUGAGUUAA